AUGAAACAGGCGCAUCGGGAUUCACUAAGCAUUCUCAUUCUCCAAGAUCCUUACGGAGCUUACAGCAGAUUUCCCCCUCUCAGUGAAACCAUGGUUUUUUUUUUCAGAUGCAUGAUUCGAAGGUUAGUCAUCAACGACUCCAACAACGUUGGUUUUGUACCAUCUAAUUACGUUCGACGUGAAUCACUGGUGGAUAAGGCUAAGGGAACCUUCAAAGGUUUUGCGAAAAGCCGGUCACGGACAACGGAUCUCGACCUGGAGAAGUCACCUUCCGCAUCUCUGGCAGUGAUCGACAUUCAUUCUGGUUUCGCGAGCAAUAACAAUCAGACAAAAAACGGUUGCGAAACUCCAUUGGAGUCUGCCAAGGUAAAGAUCCUGUUCUUUUUUACAACACCACGGACUGUUUGCUUUUUUUUCUUGCUCUGA